AUGAGUGUAGGUCGAGCAAACAGCAAUAUACAGCACAUCUCCGCAAGCCCGGUUCAUCCGUUCACGCUCAUCGGCUGCACGGAUGGCAUGGUCAUAACCACCAAUCCGAUGCGCAAAGUUCUGAUUGCCAAAGCAGAAAUGUGGCACCAGACGUGGUUCAUGCACGAAUGGCGACGCGCCAUGGGCAAGCACGGGACUAUCGACGAGGCCUCCGCAGCUGCCGACACCCGCAGCGACCUGAAGCAACCGCCGGACAACGUAAUGAAGAUGAAGCCAAACGUCGAGCUCAAGCGUACGGGACCGAUGAGCAGGAUUGUCGACGGGUUCAAGGCGGAAGUUUAUAAGCUUUGGGUGGAGCAGGGUCUGCCAAAUCAGUACGAAGGCGUGGUGUACAAUACAAUUUACGAAGAAGAGUCGGCAUCGACACAGGUUGCGUGGAACCCAAAUUUGAGAUGCGGAGGAUGGGCAGCCGCUGGACUGGGAAACGGUCUGGUCAGGAUCGAAGAUUUGGCACUCUAA